AUGUUCCGCCGUCACUCCCGUCUUACUUAUGACCCGAAGCAAUUUCCCAACUACCGCCCCUACCCCGAAACCGGUUUCGAGCGCCUCAUCAAGGAGUGCCCGAAUGUAUUUCACUUCAUUGCUUUCACAAUCAAAUUUCAGAUUUCUAUUUUCAGUAUCAUUCUGGAGUGGUUCUGUAUGAUGCUUCGCAGUCCUCUCCAGUACUCCAAGCACAACGAUUGGAUCGUCGGCCACUACGAGGCAAGCCCUACUACUUCUCACAUGCUCUGGGGAGCCUUCAUCACUGCCUGGUCCUUUCACUUCAUGUACCGUAUCGGAAAAGCUGUUUGUGAGGUGAUCAUUGAUGCCUAUGACGACCCUGUGUGGGCUCUUUACGAGAUCUGGGAUCUCGGGGUGUCCUCGCAGUUCUUUCUUGUCCGCACCAUCUUUUUCAUCCUCACUACCAUCUUCAAAUUCAUCUGCUUUUGGACCGUCUUCCUCUUCAACAUGUCGACAUACUCAUUCGUCGUCUGCCUCGCCCUGCUCUGCGCUGUUGCCAUGUGGCAGCUACACUAUUACUUUUUCGUGUAUCGCCCUCAGGAAGUGCCUGAAGAGAUCUUGUAUGAGUCCCCCCAGAAAGAAGUUCUUUCUACCCCCGACAGACCUGGCCGCUGCUUUCGAGUACCUACACCUUCUACUGGGUCGUCCACUUCCUCCCGAUCAUCACCUGGGCAUAGUCCACCUCACCUUCGACCCCGACCAUCAAACAAACCCCCUGGCGCUGCAUACGUCAACGUAUCCCCCAAAGCCAUACAAAAGCUUCAUGACGAAGGAGUCUUCGUCCCAGAACCCACCAGAGCUGCCGACUACUCUUGGCUGGAACCCUUCGCAUUUAAACGCCCUACCAACUUCAGCCGAUCUGAUGCAAAGGCGCACUUCCGAAGAGUUAGAGAAAUCGAGAGGAAGAAAGGCAUAAUAUCAAACAGCCCUGACCCUUAUAAGGACGAUCCUCCCUCUCCUACUGUUAUUACAAAGACCGCGUGGAUUUAUUCUAACAUGGAUGCUGUCAAUCGACUGCUUCGAAACAUCACAGACGAUAUCACCGAGAUGAACAUCCUGCUUAACACUUUCAAAGACAAAGGCAGCGUCAAGCCCCUUCCCGACGCCUCACCUACGAUACCAUUGUCGCCCCGAACACAACGGCGAAACGCUACUCUCGCUGAGGUAGACCGCAUUGGACAAGUAAUUAAUGACUGUACACGUGAGAUCAACAUUCUCUCAGAGCGUGUCUAUAGCCGCCAGCGCUGGACUGAAGAUACGCUGAAUCACAUCGAUCGUCUGGUUGUCCACGCAGGAGAUGCCGCUACCCGCGCGAUUUGUAUAGAAGUCGAAGAUUGCAAAAGGCGUGUUGAUCUCGCGUUCAAGGGCGUCGAUGCGGCAAUUGAGAGCUCUAAUGAAAUUGAAGAAUUUUGCGUUGAUCGCCAAAUAGAACUGGAGGCCCAAGCCAAAAAGUUACGUCGUAUGGAUCGAACCCAGGCUAAGCAUCCUAACAUUACAAUCAUUAAAGACUACUAUGGUUGA